AUGGCCUUAGCUACAAAAUAUCAUUGCACCACACCAUAUCAUUUUCACUUUUGUACUUUGUGUCAAGAUAAUCAAAUAAUCUGACACAGUAUCAGUUGGUGAAAAUGGGGCUCGUGGCACCGCUUGCCAACAAACCCCCAGCAACAUGACACGAAGAAAGAAAAUGUUAUUGCGUAAGUAACUGAAAGACGUGCCUCACGCUUGUAUAUGAUUUUAUAUGAUGUGCUUUAAUCUAUAUGCAAACUACUGUGUGUGUGCAUGUCUGCAUUUGUCCUGGUGGUCGUGUGCUGACUGCAUUGAUGUGGACCUCCCCCGUCCUCUCAGCAGGUGACCUUUAAACCCUCCUGUGAGGAGUGAAGGGGGUGAGGUUCACCUCCACAUACCCCCCACCAGUCCCCUGAGCCAUAUAAAAGAGAUACAUCUGCCCCGGUUCAUCAGUCUCUCCCAGAUCAGCUACAUCAACAGAUCCACGAUGAGGUUUGUAGCUCUCGCACUGGCGGUUUUGCUGGCAGGUUGCCAGGCGCGUUUCCUGCAGGAUGAAGCUCCGUCACAGCUGGAUCACGUGAAUUCGGCGGUGCAGGUUUAUGCAGAUAACUUGAAGCAGGCCGCACACAAGAGCCUCAAUCAUCUCGAUGACACAGAAUUCAAAGACUACAAGGCGUUCCUGGGUCAGUCCAUAGACAACAUCCACACCUAUUUUCAGUAUACCUUCAAAGCCCUCACCCCAGUCGCCACUCAGGCAGUUGAUACCUCCGCCCACAUGCGCGAGAAACUGAUGAAGGACAUCGAUGACCUCCGCAAGCAGCUCGAGCCCAAGCGCGAGGAGCUCAGGCAGGUGCUGCAGAAGCAUUUCCAGGAGUACCACGACGAGCUCAAGCCUUUCCUCGAGGAGUACAUAAACAAACACCGCGGGCAGAUGGAAGAGCUGAAGACCAAGAUGGAGCCUGUGAUGAAGAACAUGAAGGAUAAAAUCGAGACCAACUGGGAGGAGACCAAGUCCAAGCUGGUGCCCAUCAUUGACAUUCUGCGUGAAAAGCUGACGGUGCAUCUCCAGGAGCUGAAGACUACGCUGGAGCCCUACAUUCAGGAAUACAAGGAACAGAUAGAGAAGGGCGUCCAGGAGUUCCGUGAGAGCGUGAAGUCCGGAGAACUGAGGAAGAAGAUGAACGACCUGGGUGAUCAGGUGAAGCCCCACUUCGAGGCCAUCAUUGCAGCAAUCCUAGCUGCUAGCAAGUAAAAUGAGCCUUUUGUACGCCUCCCUUCUCUUCUUCCUCUCCACCUCGGCUUUUCCCAGUGCAUAGCAAACACAUACAACACACUCACGUGCACUUUUCACACAUUCCCACAACUACAGGACUGGCUUUCAAACAGAAUAUCAGAACACUGAAACCUGUUUGGUUUAACAUCAUCAAAAUGAGCUUUUUGUUAAAUGCUGAUUUCCUGUGUUCAAUAAAAGGAA